GCCAUGGCUUCUCAAGUGCGCCAGAACUUCCAUGCUGAAUGUGAGGCUGCUUUGAACCGACUGGUGAAUUUAGAGCUGUGUGCUAGCUAUGUGUACUUGUCCAUGUGUUCCCACUUUGACCGUGAUGAUGUUGCCCUGCCCCAUGUGGCCAAGUUCUUGAAGGAGCAGUCCAAGGAGAAGAGGGAGCAUGCUGAGAAGUUCCUGAGAUACCAGAACAAGCGAGGGGGGCGUAUUGUGCUGCAGGAUGUCAAGAAGCCAGAGCAGGAUGAAUGGGGCAACAGCCUGGAGGCUCUGCAGAGGGCCCUGCAGCUGGAGAAGAAGGUGAACCAGGCCCUGCUGGACCUGCACAAGCUAGCGACAGAGAAGGGAGACCCUCAGCUGUGUGACUUCCUAGAGUCAGAAUACCUGGAAGAGCAAGUGAAGGCCAUCAAAAAGCUAGGAGACCACCUCACCAACCUGAAACGCCUGGGGGUGCCCCAGGAUGGCACAGGGGAGUACCUGUUUGACAGGCUCACCUUGGGGGAGAGCAGCUGAAUGUCCCCAUCACUGAAAGUGUGUGCAAUUUACAUUGGGAGCAGAAAAAUAAAAUAAAACUUGUCA